CUGAACUCCAGUAGAGGAGCUGAGUGUGUGAUAUAAUAAGCUGGUGGACUGUGAGAAACUACAGAACGUAUUAUCAUAUAUGAGCUGGUGAGUGUCUCUGCUGUAGGACUGGAGAUCCUGAUAAAGACGGAGCUGAACUUUUCUAACUGAAGACUCUGAACUCCAACCUCAGAAACAGGGAUGAAGUUCCUCUUUGUGAUGCUUCUGCUUUUCUCUGCCUUUUUGGAGUCUGAGUCAGAGAACUUUAAAGUAGUUGGUCCAGCUGCUCCUCUUGUUGCUGAAGCUGGUGAAGACCUCGUUCUGCCUUGUUCUGUCAAACCGAGCAUCAGUGUUGUGGAUAUGAGAGUAGAGUGGUUUAGACUGCAUCAGACAGACAGUGUAGUGCAUGUCUAUGAUGGUUAUGAAGACAGUAAUGAAUACCAGAUGGAGUCUUACAGAGGAAGAACGGCUUUAUUUAAAGAAGAGCUACAAAAAGGAAACACCUCAUUAAAACUCUCAGCUUUGCAAAUUUCUGAUGAAGGAGCUUACAAGUGUUACAUUGAAUCCAUGUCCUGGAGUGAUGAUGUGACUGUUUAUGUUGAAGUUAAAGGAAAAGGUUUUCAUGCUUGGAAGAUUGCCAUCAUCUGCAUUUCAGUUUUUGCCAUUACAUUAAUUGCCUUUACAGGUUACAUCUUGAAAGAUAAAUCAUCAAAAAAGCAACUUUCUCCUGCACAGUGCUCAGUCAUAACCUACACACGUCUCCAGUCAGAGCAUGUGAGGAAAGAGUUGGACCUGAAGAGAUACAACACAUCAGAGGAGGGAUACAGGAGACUCAUCCCAGCUAUCUCACACUACAGAAAGGCAAAAUUUGCUGGAUGUAAUCUCACAGCACAGUCCCUUGAAACUUUGAAUACAGCUCUACAAACAGAAAACUCCUCCCUGAGAGAGCUGGACAUCAGUAACAAUGAUCUGCAUGAUUCAGGAGUGGAGCUGCUGUCUGCUGCACUGAAGAGCUCACACUGUAAACUGGAGAUACUCCGACUUGCUAUGUGUAAACUCAGUCAACAGUCCUGUAACAUCCUGCAGUCAGUUUUACAAACUGAAACCUCCUCACUGAGAGAACUGGACCUCAGUAAUAAUGACCUGCAGGAUGCAGGAGUGGAGCUGCUGUCUGCUGGACUGAAGAGCUCACACUGUAAAGUGGAGAAACUCAGACUAGCUUUGUGUAAUCUUGGGAAAUAUACAUGUAACACUCUGGGAUUAACACUGCAAGCAGAAACCUGGUCCCUAAAAGAGCUGGACCUCAGUAAGAAUAAUCUACAGGAUUCAGGAAUGGAGGACCUUUCCCAGGGACUGAAGAGUCCACUCUGUAAACUGGAGAUAUUCAGAUUAGACAUGUGUGGUUUCACUCUGGAGUCUUGCAAAUCUCUCAUAUCAGCCCUACAAACAAAAAUCACCACCCUGACAGAGCUCAACCUUAGUAGCAAUGAGCUGCAGGAUUCAGCAAUGGAGCUGCUCUCUGCUGGGCUCAAGACUGGAAAAUGUAAACUGGAGAUACUCAGACUAGCUCUGUGUAAUCUUGGAGGAAAGGAAACGUUUGAAAAUAUUGGAUCACUUUUAAAACAGGAUAACUCCUCCCUCAAAGAGCUGGAUCUCAGUAAUAAUGACCUGCAAGAUUCAGGAAUGAAGCUGUUAUCUGAUGGAUUGAACAGUUCCCACUGUAAACUGGAAAUACUCAGAUUAUCUGGUUGUAUGAUUACAGUGGAAGGUUGUUCCUCUCUGGCUUCAGCUUUGCGUUCAAACUCCUCACACCUGAAGGAACUGGAUCUGACCUACAAUCACCCAGGAGAGUCAGGAGUGAAGCUGCUCUCUGCUAGACGAGAGGAUCCACUAUGCUUACUGAGCAAACUCGGAUUGGAACAUAGAGGUGAAAACAGAAUCAGAGCAGGACUGAAGAAAUAUUCCUGUGACUUCACUCUGGAUCCAAACACAGUGAACAGUCGUCUCUCUCUGUCUGACGGGAACAGGAAGGUGAAGAAUGUGAUAGUUCCCCACUUCUAUCCUGAUCAUCCAGAGAGAUUUGAUUACUGUUGUCAGGUUCUGUGUAGAGAGAGUCUGACUGGACGCUGUUACUGGGAGGCUCAGUGGAGCGGAGGUGUUUAUAUAGCAGUAACAUAUAAAUCAAUCAGGAGGAAAGGAGGCAGUGGUGACUGUGUGUUUGGACUGAAUGAAAAGUCCUGGAGUCUGAGCUGCUCUAAUAACAGUUACUCUGUCCGUCACAAUAAGAACGAGACUAAACUCUCUGCUCGACCGUCCAGUAAGAGAGUAGGAGUGUAUGUGGACUGUCCGGCCGGCUCUCUGUCCUUCUACAGCGUCUCUGAUGAUCAAACACUGACGCACCUUCACACGUUCAGCACCACAUUCACUGAACCGCUCUGCGCUGGGUUUUAUAUUUAUUACGACUCCUCAGUGUGUUUAAAAUAAAAUCUCCUGAGUGAAACACAAACCAUAAAAAUAUCAGGUUUGUGGGGUUUUAUGUGUAAAACAGUGUAAAGAUUCAUUUUUACAUCAUUUUUAUCUUCAUUCUUUAUGUGGCUUAUUAUUAUUAUUAUUAUUAUUAUUAUUAUUGUUAUUAUUAUUGUUAUUAUUAUUGUUAGUAAUGGUGGUAGUAGCAGUUUAAUAUUGCCGCUUCCUAAUGUGCUGGGAUUGUAUUCAUGGUCUCUGCCUUUGGUUCCCCCCUCCCCCUCCAGGUCACUGCUGUGCUCUGAGGUGUGUGUGUGUGUGUGUGUGUGUGUGUGUGUGUGUGUGUGUGUGUGUGUGUGUGUGUGUGGUGUUUAUCGCCACUGGCCUCCGUUCAACCGUCCUUGCCUGAGCCUCGCGCGCUCCAGCAUUCAGGUAAACGUGCAGGUGUGUCUGGAGCGUCGGGAGCUUCAUGGCGCUGCUUGUAUCUUCAGCGUGUUGUUUGGUUUGUUCCUCACCUGCUGGGGCCGACGGCGCUUGGCCAAUCAGGAGGCUUCUCUGCGGCGCGUCAUUCAUUCCGUGAGUAAGUCGCGUCUGCUGAAGCUCUUGGCUUUGAUCCAGCAGCGCUGCAGCUCCUGUUUGUUUAUGGUCAUCAGUGGGGCCAGUGAAUGUGGUGCCGGCCGACGCGCCCGCUGUAUAAGCGCUAUAAGCGGCCUGUAUCCGGGGAUAAGCCGCCGUUUCGCCUCACGGAGCCUUGAAACUCCCGGCGCCCGCGUUUAAAGCGUCGCUGAUCGUUUAGCGGUCAUUAGGCCGUCGGGCACUCGCAUUAUUGAGCGGCGGCUGGUGUUUUAAUGUUUGUUCUUUUGGCUGUUCUGUGUGAUGAAUGUGUUUGGGGGGACUGGGGCGCCCCCUAGUGACCGUUUUAAGAACUAACUGAACGUCAGAGCAGCUGUAUGUUAGCCUAUCACAGCCUAAGCUGCAGCUAUCCUGUUAAUCUGCUGUGGGUUGCCAUCGCCUUGUGUUAUCCUCUUUUUCUGGGGGAUUUGGCUGCUGAGAAAUACUAGUGCGCUUGUUUUGUGCACUUGGUGCAUUCAGUGUAACAGCUUUGUGUAGUUCAAGCCAUUUUUUGGCGGGGCCUAAGAUUAAGCCCAGUAACUCUCUAGCCGAGCGGCACUGCAGCCGUUGUCUCCUGUUCUUUUCUUUUGGGUGUUGAGUUGGGUUGAUUGUACUGUAGGUGCUGAGAGCUCCAGGGGGCGUGGCUUAUUUUGUGUUCACUUUACUUUUGGGAGUUUGUGUAUUUUGGUUUGCUUCUCUUUGCACGGGUGACUUGUGUUGAGAUGUUUGGUGUUGCUGAAGGUGGUCUGCCUCCCCUGGUGAGUCUCUGCCCUACAGGCUUUUUUGUUUGUAUUGUAUUUUAUUGAAUCAGCUGGCAGCCAAAAGAUUUUAAUGUUAAUUAUAUUAUUUUUAAUAAUUGUAGUAUUAAUAAACUUCCUAGUUUGAUCAAUCUAGUAUUACUUUGUUGUUGCUGUUAAUAUUAAAUGCUUAUUUUUGUAGUUGUGGUGUGUGUGUGUGUGUGUGUGUGUGUGUGUGUGUGUGUGUGUGUGUGUGUGUGUGUGUGUGUGUAUCUAUCUAUCUAUCAAGUUUGAUUUAAAUUUGAUUUUGAUUAAAUAAACUUUUGUUUGGGAAAUCUUAGUCUUACUGUGUCCUUCACUCAAAAUUCCCUGGGUGCAAUUCCCAGAGUGGCGUAGUUGGCUACACUAGUCUUAUUUCAUUAUAUAAUCUUAUACAACUUAUAGUUCUCCGUUACAUUUAUAAUGAAACCGUCUGUAUUCGUUUCUGUGCCUUUAAGACUGAUAUAUGUAAAUGAGCUGUGUUCUGAUUGGCUGUGCUGUGCCUCAUUUAUAAAGCAGUUCAGUCUGUGUUUCUCUGGUUUGGAGAUUCAGAUGGAGACGAUGUUCAGAACCAGUGGAAGAUCUACAAUAAAGAACUGAUUAAACUCCCAGAAUUAUGAUCAUUUAAUAAAAUAAAGUGCUGAUAAA